UCUUUACCUUCAACAGUUUAACCUCAUCACCCUGCAGUCUGCUCAGCCAUCUCCUCCAUUCUCCAGUCUUCUUCCUCUAUCCCAAUCGGAAUUGCUCACGCCAAAAGGGAAAAAAAAGAAGAAGUUUGAUUGUAUAUUAUUACAGACAACACAAGCACACACAGAGGAGGAGAGAGAAGCAUUCGAAAGAGAUGCUAUCUCUUCACACUUCAUCUUCUCCUACACUCCCAUUUCAUCACUCUACUUUUCAACCGAAAGCAUGUGUACAUGCAGUUUCUAGCUCCUUUCUAUCUCAUAGAAAUGUAAAGAGCUUGUGGGCAUCGUUUGGCCACUCAAGUUUCAGUUCCAUCACUGCUAAAGCUGCCUCUGUUGAAGCUAAUGCCUCCACAGUAUCACUCCACACAGCAGAGUCUGAUGUAUUGAAAGCCUUAUCCCAGAUAAUUGAUCCAGACUUUGGAACAGACAUCGUCUCAUGUGGCUUUGUUAAAGAUCUUCUAGUCAAUGAGGCUGUGGGAGAGGUUUCAUUUCGCUUAGAGCUCACAACACCAGCAUGUCCAAUCAAGGACAUGUUUGAACAGAAGGCUAAUGAGGUAGUUGCAGCACUCCCCUGGGUGAGAAAAGUAAAUGUUACAAUGUCAGCACAACCAGCUAAACCUAUGUUUGCUGGGGCACUUCCAAUGGGUCUGCAAACAAUAUCAAACAUAAUAGCUGUUUCGAGUUGCAAGGGAGGGGUAGGAAAGUCAACUGUUGCCGUCAACCUUGCUUUUACGUUGGCUGGCAUGGGUGCUAGAGUCGGUCUCUUUGAUGCAGAUGUUUAUGGUCCCAGCUUGCCAACGAUGGUCUCCCCUGAAAAUCGGCUGCUAGAAAUGAACCCAGAGAAGAAAACCAUCAUUCCAACUGACUACUUGGGUGUCAAGUUAGUAUCUUUUGGAUUUGCUGGUCAAGGGCGUGCGAUAAUGCGAGGUCCAAUGGUUUCUGGAGUUAUCAACCAACUGCUGACUACUACAGAAUGGGGGGAACUAGACUAUCUUGUGGUUGACAUGCCUCCUGGAACUGGUGAUAUUCAACUUACCUUAUGCCAGGUUGUUCCUUUGACUGCUGCUGUCAUCGUUACUACACCUCAGAAGCUUGCUUUUAUAGACGUGGCCAAGGGAGUUCGGAUGUUCUCAAAGCUUAAAGUGCCUUGUAUUGCUGUAGUUGAAAAUAUGUGCCACUUUGAUGCUGAUGGAAAACGGUAUUACCCUUUUGGUAGAGGUUCGGGUUCUCAGGUUGUUCAGCAAUUUGGAAUCCCCCAUUUGUUUGAUCUUCCUAUUAGACCAAGUCUAUCUGCUUCUGGAGAUAGUGGAGUGCCAGAAGUGGUGGCUGACCCUCAAGGGGAAAUUGCCAGCACAUUUCAAGACUUAGGGGUCUGCGUUGUCCAACAGUGUGCCAAGAUCCGUCAACAAGUGUCAACAGCUGUAACUUAUGACAGAACUAUCAAGGUAAUCAAGGUCAAAGUUCCUGCUUCUGAUGAAGAAUUCUAUUUGCAUCCUGCAACUGUAAGACGAAAUGAUCAGUCAGCUCAAAGUGUGGAUGAAUGGACUGGAGAGCAGAAGCUACAGUAUACUGAUAUUCCAGAAGACAUUGAACCUGAAGAAAUUCGGCCUAUGGGAAAUUAUGCUGUUUCGAUAACUUGGCCUGAUGGAUUUAGCCAGAUAGCUCCCUAUGACCAGCUGCAAGAGAUGGAGCGUUUGGUGGAUGUUCCACAACUUACCCCUGCAUAGGUAUAAGUAGGCAAACAAGAGGGUUACUUCUUCAGAUAAAGACUCUCUGGUACAACCUACAGCUGAUAGAUAAGAAACACCAUGAAUGAAAGGCGCAGUUGCAAGCUACUAAGCUUAGUACUACGAGUUAUCAAAUGCUUUUGCCCUUUUAGCAUUGGAUUCAGAGUUGGAGGGCUGGUGAUAUUCCAACAUCAGCAGUUAAUACAGUACCAUAUUUGGUCAAAUCCAGCAUUGUACAAGUUUUUUUUAGCUGCAGAGGAAGGGCCAUAGCAAAAGAUGGAUAUAUGGCUAAUGUUUGCUCAUACGUGACAAAAGCCCCACGCAAAUUUAUUGAACACGCCUGUUUGGUGAUGCAAAUAAUAAUAUAGCAUCGCUACUAUCCUUUAAAUUUCCACCAAAAAUGUCUGUAUCUUCAACCUGUCGAGUGUUGCCUUGUCCGCUCUCCAGCUGUGAGCGUUCUUAAAUUAUUGGUAUUCUCUGCCUUUGGGGAA